ACACUGACACGUGGGUAUGGCAAUAUUAAAUAAAAAUGUCACCAUUACCAUGUGGUUUCAAUGCACAGGGUGCGGUUCCUAUAUAAAUAGACCAAUUUCCACCUAGAGAACACUUGUUGUCGACCUAUUUAUCAACAUGUUCGUAAAACUGGUGACGUUAGCUCUCUGCCUUACCUCCACCUUGGCCGUAUAUAACGGACCAUUGGCAGGUGGUCUUCCAGCUUCCCUCUAUCCUGCCGGCGUGUCACCUCAAGCCUGCCCAAACUUCCCCAACUGUAAUAACCCCGCCGUAGCCGCCAACCCCAACUCUCCCACCCAACAACAGUGGGGAUCUCCACAACCCCAAGCCUGGGGACAACAACAACCCGCGUGGACUCAACAGCCCCAAAACCAAUGGAAUAACGCCCAAGCCGUACCACAAUGGAACGGAAACAACAACGAUGUAUUGUUGAAGGGAGGUUACACUGGAGAUGGUGAUUACCGUGGAGAAGGUUUGGCCGAAGCAUUGGCUCCUGGUUAUGAAAACUCCGAUGUAUGGAGGAAUUGGGCUACUGGUGGACAACAACAAGCUAACCAGUGGAACCAAGCUCCUCAAGGACCCACUCAUGGUGUGGGCCAGAUCCCAGCUGGAGUAGAUGCCGGCGCAUGCCCCAACUACCCCUUCUGCGGACACUAAAUUUAGUAGCUGAGCUGACUGUCGAAUAUUUGACAGUUCGGUAGCUAUCAGAUGGUCGCCAGCUGACAACAUGUUGUAAAUAACAUUAUUACUAGUUUAUUUAUGAGCUUUUUUUUAUGUCGAUGCAUGUUUUAAUCAGUGAUUGUGUAGUUUUGAUCUCUAGUUAAAUUUAAACAUGAUACCAUACUACCGUUUUUUUAAUAUACUUUUUUGCAUAAGCUGUGUUAAGAUGGAAGUUUCUUUAGAGAACUAACAUCAAAAGCAUUUAUAAUAAAUACAAUUUUUUUAAAUUA